AUGGCUCCUAUAAGCAAAUACAAUAACAAUAGCGGUAAAAUGAACAUCUUCCCUUUCACCGUGAAGGUUUUCACCUUUGCCUGCGUUGUAGCUUGUUUCUUCCAAAACUACGAAAAUGACUCAUAUACGAGGUCAUGCACCAAGAGCUAUGGAUACCAGGUCCCAUCAUAUGAGACAAAAUUCAACAGAAUGUUAGCUGAGGCCGCCGAAGCUGCCACUUCCGAUGCUGCCGACGCCGCCACAAAGGAAGAAGAACCCGCCGAAAAAAGCGUGUUCGAAGGAAUGAUAGGCAGUUUUGUAGACACUGCUUGUGAACAAUACGAGAAGGAAGUGAAACCAAAAUAUGAUGAAAUCGCAACUUCUAUUAGGAAAAAUUUCGAGGAAGAUAUGAAACCAAAGAUAGAAGCAAUUAAGAAAAGAAUUAAGAAGCAUUACCAAGAAAGUUUAAGAUCAGCAUUAGAUAGUUUAGAAGAUAAACUAAAGGAAUUUGUAAAGUAUCUCUCAGAAUUAGGUACAAAUGAAGAAUCAAGUAGCAACAACAUAAUCGACAUGGAAUUCAAUUUCACUGAAGGAAAUGAUUUUCCAACUGUUAAUGACGUUGCUCAGGAUGUACUUGAUCAAUUAGAUGACUCUGAAUGGUCCCUUCAUAAAAAAUACGAAGAUUUAAGAGAUGAAUUUGUUACCAAAUUGAAGGAUAUCCAAAAGGAAGUAAAACCAAAGAGUGAUGAACUUACCGAGAAAUAUUUGAAUGAACUCGAAAUGAGAAUGAAACCGAAAGUUGAUCAGUUAGCUGCAGCCAUAAAAGACAUCCAAAAUGAAAUUAAACCCCAAUUUGAUGAUAUUAAAGAAAAGUUAUUAAAAGAUAUCCAAGAAGAAGUAAAGCCCAAAGUACAAGUAUUUGCUGAUAAAAUUUCCGAUCUCGAGAAAGAAGUCCUUCCAAACAUGAAUAAAUUCGCUGAUAAAAUUAAAGAUAUCGAAAAAGAUGUUCAACCCAAAAUUGAUGAUGUAAAAGCUAAAUUUAAAGAUCUUGAAAAGGAAGUAAAACCCAAAAUUGAAGACUUCGCAUCCAAAUUAAACAUCGAAAUUGAUGAAGACGUAAAAAAAAUUGAGAAUGUUGUAAGCAAAGUAAGAAAUGAAAUUGAAGCUGAAGUGAAACAUAAAAUUGAAGAUUUCGCAUCUAAGGUGAAAACUGAUAUUGAGAAAGAUAUGAAACCAACUGUCGAUGAGUUAAGAAAAGUCAUUGUAGACAAAUUAACCGAAAUUGAUCAAGAUUACGACCCAUCUUUUGAACAAACCAUAAAAGAAACAUUCGAAAAGAUCAGUGAAAAUAUACCAGUCAAGAAGGAAGAUAUCUCGGAAGUACAGAAAACUAUUAAAGAAAACUUAAAAACCUGCAAAGAAACCAUCGAUUCGGUGAUCAAUGGAAAAUUGUUACGUGGAUUUAAAUUGUUAUAA